AUUAUUCUGUACACAGAAGGAAGACAUCUGAAAAAGUGUGAAGUCUAAAGGAUCAAAGAAGUAAAAGACAAGAAAAGAAAAAGAAAGAAAAUAGAAAAAUGCAGGCGAAGAUUUUAAUUGCAGUUGUCUUUUUCCUCCUUCUCGGCUGCAAACAAGGUUAUACUCUGCAGUGCUUCUCAUGCAUCUAUGGCACCUGUGAUAUUGCAAAGAGAACAAAGACCUGUGAUAUUUCAGAACAAUGUGCGACGAUAAAAGCAAAAUUUGGUGCAAUUCCCUUAAUGAGGAAGGACUGCAUUGAAAGCAGCAAGUGUUUCGUAAAUACUUCAGAUACACAUUUAGGUGUCCAGGUGACAGCUACCCCAAGCUGCUGUUCCACUGAUUUCUGCAAUUCUGCUGUGACACAGAGUCUGUCUGUGGUCAGUGGCAUAGCAGCCCUGGUGACUCACUGGGUAGCUAAGUUUUAUUAAGUACCAAGAAAUGUGCCUCUUGCGAGUAAAUUUGCCAAAAACUACUUUUAUGGUGCCACCCUUGGAUCUUUUAAAUACUAUUUCGGAAUGUAUUAUUCCUAAAUGGGUUGUUAUGUUUUUUUUGCUUGUUAUAUGUAUCUUUAGCUAAACCUGACUUCACUGUAUAUAUGGUCUGAAGAAUCCUCUCUUUUCCACUGAUCUUGUUGGAGCUAUGGUUUUUCUGAAAACACUUAUUCUGUACAGCUCACACCUAUUUACUCCUGGACAAAUAAAGGCACCUCAACCUUUGUUUUUAGGUUUCUGGUUAUUAAACAAAAUUCCACAUUCUG